AUGGAGGAUGGAGUCGGAAACCGUCCCAAAGCGUGCCUAACUUGUGCCAAGGCCAAAGUACGAUGUUCACCGGAAACAGAUGGUCCUUGUAAACGAGAUGUUGCUGCACUGGAGGCUAAAUUAGACCGCAUGGUUGCCAUGCUGGCCGCCUCGGAAAGAAGUGCCAGAGAACGAUUAGAAAGUGACCCGGCGACAAGAUCAUCGUCUACGUUUGAAGAAAAUACCGCUGCUCCCGAUGAAAUCGAAGGCCAGGUCUUGAUGGAAAUAUUCCUCAAGAAAAUGUUUCCUCUCUUUCCUUUCCUAGUGAUCCCUCCGCACGUCACUGCAGAGGAACUGCGCCGCGAGAAACCAUUCCUCUAUCUGAAUAUUUCAAUGGUCGCGUGCCAAAAUGCCCCGCGCCAGCGAGAAAUAGCGGAUGCAGUCCAAGCAUAUGUGGCAGAGCACAUUGUCAUGAGGGGAGAACACAGCCUGGAUCUGCUUCAGGGGCUUAUGGUCAAUGUUGCCUGGUUCAUUUCAGUCAGUCGUUCUCCGCGAUCCAAUCCGGGUGAACAACUUCCCGAUGGGCGCAAAUUCGAUGAGACCCACCAUGUUGUUCGAAACACUGCUCAGCUUGAUACCUUUGUGCACUUACUGGUCGCGCAAUCGUUAAGCUCGGGCCUAAAUCAAGCGCUGACUUACCAGAAAAACUUGAACUAUCCUUUGACUUAUUUGAAGGAAAACGUGAAUGAGGACCCUGUUCGCACACUGGAAGAGCGACGCACCUACCUUGGGUGUUAUUAUCUAACCACCAUGCUCUCGAUAUGUGUAAAAGACUUGGGGCCAAUUAUUCGCUUUACAAGAUAUACCGACGAAUGUUGCAACGUUCUAGAGCAGGUCGCAGAAUAUCCCACCGAUGCUUAUCUUGUACAACUAGUCAGAGUGAUGAACCUCGCAGAUAGGAUUCAUCACACACUAUACCAUACCGAUCUCGAUUUCUCAUCAAUCUCAUCAGUGCAUCCGCCUAUUGGACUAAGCAUACGAUGGCUUGAAACCGAGCUUAAGCAACUCAAAGCUCGUAUGCCGAGCGAGUCACCACACUCUGACAUUCUAAAGCUUCAUUACAGUACCCUCGAGAUACAUCUUUAUCGAAUAGCCCUCAGUAACGAGCCCUCCAAAUCCAAUUACGGUGAUCAUCCUCUAAUGCGGUUGGAUCUCCUUUUCCGUUGCCUGGAAGCGACAACCUCCUCUUUUCAAAUCAUCCUCUCUCUCCACUCAGCUAUUUUCCCUUUCUUUCCUUUCAGCAUCAUGUGUCAAUUUGGAAAGGCACUGGUCACACUUUCCCAGCUUUCUCUUUAUGACCAUCCGGGAUGGGACCGAGCAUAUGUGGAAAGCAUAAUGGACUUUGACCAGACCGUUGAUCGUAUAAUUUGCAAGCUCGAAGAACAAAUUCCAGUUGUUGAACAGGCUGCAAACGAUUUGAAGUCUAACGAAUUACCGGAGAUAUUUGGAAGGAUGGCGAUUCGCGCGAAAAUGAUUAAAAAGAUGCAUCGGCGGAGAAAAGAUGCACUGGAGCAAAAUUCCCUGCCAGCGGAUGUACCACCGAUGGAUUACAACUUCUUGUUGAAUUAUCCUCUCGAUAUGAUGUUUCCUUUUGGUGAAAUUCCAUCGAUAUAUGGGGAAUAUAGUUGA